AUGUGGUUACAAUGCUCUGGAGAAGGUGAUUGUAGGAAACCAGACAGAAACAGAACACCUACAUCUAUCCACUCAGCGGUUGAGCAUUACUGUAGUAUUGAAAGGCGUCAGUAUUUGAGUUUGGACUUGGAGCUUGUGUUGCCGAGGCUGCCUUACACUGACUCCACUUGCAAUGGACAGCCUCUCCGUGCCAGGCUUCAUUCUCGAUACCAUGACCAUAAAGACAAGUUGAAGAGAUGUCUCAAGCAUGAGGAGGCGAGCAUGGAAACAGCAAGAGCUUGUGUGGAGAUGGAGGAUGGGCAAGCUGACUUCUGCCACAAUCGGUACCUCUGGAGCAAGGACUUCAUGCAAUACGGCACUGGAGGCGAUCUCAAGAGCAUGAGAUACAUACGAGACGACACUAUGGGGUAUCAAUUAUGCAUUGAUGUGCUAUACAAUCCGUAA